GCAGUAAAGAGGCAGUAAUGCGCUCUUUGCUAGCACCUCGCCCGUUGCCGGUAAACAGGAAGAAGGAAAACGUUUGUUUAGUGUUUGUGUUUUUUUUUUAUGUCUGAUACGGACACUGUACACGGAUCUGUCUUUGAAUUUCAGCUGUCCGUCUGUGUGCUAAUAAUGUCGGGCUCAGUGUAGCUGACACGGUGAACAGCCGCUGACAGACCAGAGCUAGCUGCCAGAGACUCAAGAGGAAGAAUGGCAGACGAAGCUCCUUUUCAGAUUUUACAUAACGAAGUCAUACAGUACAUUUACAAGUCAGCUAAAAACGGAGAGACGGAGAAUGGAAGAAAUAUCACCAAACUGGAGAAUAUGGGGUUCAGAGUUGGCCAAGGGCUAAUAGAGAGACUGACAAAAGACACAGCACGGUUCAAAGACGAGCUGGACAUAAUGAAGUUCAUCUGUAAAGACUUCUGGACCUGUGUGUUCAAGAAGCAGAUUGACAACCUUCGAACCAAUCACCAGGGCAUCUAUGUUCUCCAGGACAACAAGUUCAGAUUACUGGGUCAGCUGUCAGCUGGAAAACAGUAUCUGGAUCAGGCCCCAAAGUAUCUGGCCUUCACCUGUGGUCUGGUGAGAGGAGCUCUGUCCAACCUGGGAGUGAAGAGUAUUGUGACUGCUGAGGUGUCCAUCAUGCCUGCGUGUAAAUUCCAGGUCAUGAUCCAGAAAAUUUAGGGUUUUUUUGUCUCAUGAAAGGGAAAUGCCAGCCAUCUUCAUCAGUAAAAAAUACCAGUCUGUACACUUUAGAGAGUGCGGUGAUGUGUGUCAAGGUCUGUCUAGACUUCCAUCGUCCAGACCAUAAGUGGACAAACACUUUCCAAUGUCAUGACACACAUUCAUGAUAAUACUAAUAUAAUAAUGUCAAUUUAUAUAAAGUCUGUAAGAUCCUCACUAAAUGUGUGAUGGAGGAUUGUCAUUACAGAAGUGCUUUGGUGCCCUCUGGUGGUAAACUGCAAAAUUUCAGUUUGAUUUGAUGCAUAGUAUGGUUCAUCAUUUAAAAAAUAUUAUUAAAAUAUAUUGAUAAUUUUGUUAGGAUUGAUCCAUUAUGUAGGCUCACAAGUUCAUUUAUGGUCUUAAAGCUUUAGUGCGUUUCAGAAUCCCGCUUUAUGUUUAAGCAGUUCAUAAAAAAAAACAUAAUAAUAUAAAGACUAAAAAUAAAUCAAUAAUUAAAAAUGAGGAAAUGGGGCAGCGCUGAGUAGCUUAAAUACCACAAUGUAUUUCUUUAUAAUUAAAUAUAACAAAAAGUGCCGCCUGGCAAAGGCAGGGGGAGCUCAAUCCCUCAGACAUGCCAAAACGUGAAUUGACAAAUUGAAUGAAUGAAGACAUUUGCCUGUAAUCACAAUGCUCCCAACAUGGUGAAGACACCCGCUGUAGCACUGAUAAUGGUCAGCUAUCCUGUUGAAGCAUGAUAAUGUUUAAACUGUUUGUACGAUAUUGUAGAUGGAUUUUGUUUUUAUUUGAAUUGUUUGUUUGAACCUGGACUUCAGGUCAAAUCAGUUGCAAUAAAUUCCAGUGUAAAAUCCAG